AUGGCACAUGUGCUACGGUUCGUUAGGAAUGCACGAACAACGAACCACAAGGAACGAGAAAAAUCGCUCUUAACUGCAAGCGAAAUGGAGGAAGCCUUGCGAGUAAUAGUAAAGGAAGCUCAAUGGGAUGUGUAUCGAGAAUCUAUGCAGCAACUAACAUGUAACAAGCAAUUAAACAACAGCGAUCCAUUGAGCAGCCUGCAUCCAUUCUUAGACGAAUUCGGACUUUUGAGAGUCGGCGGUCGGCUUGAAGCUUCAAAUUUAACUUAUGAUAUCAAACACCCGAUCGUCCUUCCUUACGGCCAUUACGUAACUCGAUUGAUUUUAAAUGAUCUGCACCAUAAGCAUCUUCACGCCGGACCACAAGCCUUAUUGGCAAUAGCGAGGCAACGAUUUUGGCCUAUCAAGGGCAAAGCAGCCAUCAGAUCUAUCGUGCAGAGCUGUAUGAAAUGCGCAAGGGCGAAACCAAAACUCAUGACGCAGCUCAUGGGAAACCUGCCCGCCCAUCGAGUACAACCAGCCAGACCAUUCACGAAUACUGGUAUCGACUUAGCCGGCCCUCUAUGGAUUCACUUUAAGGGGAGAGGCAAUCGUCCGCAAAAGGCGUACCUUGCUGUUUUUGUUGCUGGAACUAGUGACGAAUCUAACGACAGAAGCCUUCAUCAAUGCGCUGAAACGUUUCAUUGGGCGUAG